AUGGCGGCCUUCGUGUGGGCCGCUGGGAGUCCCCCACCAGAACUUCGGACGUCCAGCGCUGAACGGCCGCGACGGCCGCGUGGUGUGGAAGGCCCCUCCAAGAUGGCAAGCAAGAUGGCACCUGGCGCUUCUUUUGCCGGAGUGGCGUUGACUUCCGCACUCCUUCGCCGUGCGCAACAGCGAAGGUCCAGGAGGAGCCUGCGCGAACCACGUUCAGUGUGCCGUCUCCGCGUGCUGCCCGACGGCACCAACGAGGAGGGCGAAGCUGUAAAGCCCAUUGACUUCAAGUUGGAUGAGGUGGAGGACAUCAUUUUGUAUCAACAGGACCUUUCACCACCUUGCGUCAAGUUGAGGACGAUGUUCAAGUACUACAACUUGCCCUUCCGGGCCGUGAAUGGACGCCACCCAACAUCAGAUUACAAGAAGAUCCCCGUCCUGGUGAUCAACGACCGACAGAUCAAUGAUUCCCACGUCAUUGUCAAGACAGUGGUGCCCUGGUUCACUGGACGACCAAUGACGGAGGAGGAGAUGUACUGGGAGAAGCGCAUCACCUACGAGUUUCAGCCGGGCAUGGAAGUGGAGUUGUUGGGCAACGAGCGGGAUGUGGCGAGGAUUUGGGCUCAGGCCACUGACUACAUCGGCGGUUGGCAGCGAGGCAUCAUUGGCCUUGUAGUGCCGCUCUUGAAGAUUGUGGUGGAGUCGCUGUUCAAGUCCCGCUAUCCGGACAUUGCCUUGCCAAGCACCACCUUCGGCCAGAGCUUCCGCGCCGCCUUGGGCGAGCGGCCCUUCUUCGGCGGCGAGAAGCCGGGCCCGGUGGACCUGAGCCUGUUCGGAACCUACGUGGCAUUCGAUGGUUGCAGUGCCGUGGCACGCUUCCUGCAGGGGAGUGACCUGGAGGACUGGCACCAGAGGAUGAUGGAGCUCAACUUGUCUGAUGUGCAGACCAAGGUCUAUGGCAUGCGUUGA